AAGCACAUUAAAUUAUUUGCACUGAAUAAUUGUUAGUAUUUAGCUUCUCAGACUCAGAUUCAAGAUGAACGCAUUGGUGGCAACCAACAGAAACUUCAAGUUGGCAGCUCGGCUUUUGGGAUUGGACUCCAAGCUUGAGAGAAGUUUACUAAUACCAUUUAGGGAAAUCAAGGUUGAGUGCACCAUACCAAAAGAUGAUGGGAGUUUGGCUUCAUUUGUUGGGUUCAGGGUUCAACAUGACAAUGCCAGAGGCCCCAUGAAGGGAGGAAUUAGAUAUCACCCAGAGGUCGACCCAGAUGAGGUGAAUGCUCUAGCACAGCUAAUGACGUGGAAGACGGCGGUGGCUAACAUCCCAUACGGUGGUGCCAAAGGUGGGAUAGGAUGUGAUCCAGGGGAGUUGAGUGUUUCAGAACUAGAACGGCUCACCAGAGUUUUCACCCAAAAGAUACAUGAUCUUAUAGGCAUCCACACUGAUGUUCCAGCACCAGAUAUGGGGACGGGUCCACAGACCAUGGCAUGGAUCUUAGAUGAGUACUCAAAAUUUCAUGGCUACUCGCCUGCCGUAGUGACUGGAAAACCUACUGAUCUUGGUGGAUCUCUGGGAAGAGAUGCAGCAACGGGAAGAGGAGUGCUUUUCGCAACAGAGGCUUUACUCAAUGAGCAUGGAAAGAGCAUCUCCGGACAACGGUUCAUUAUCCAGGGUUUUGGGAAUGUGGGCUCCUGGGCUGCCCAACUCAUCCAUGAGAGUGGUGGCAAAAUAGUUGCAGUGAGUGAUAUCAGUGGAGCCGUAAAGAACAGCAAAGGACUAGACAUUCCAAGCCUACUCAACCAUGUGAAAGAGAAGAGGGGUGUCAAGGGGUUCCAUGGUGGGGACCCAAUAGAUCCCACCUCAAUAUUGGUUGAAGACUGUGACAUUCUCAUUCCAGCAGCCCUGGGAGGUGUCAUCAACAGGGAAAAUGCAAAUGACAUAAAAGCCAAGUUUAUCAUUGAAGCAGCUAAUCACCCCACUGACCCCGAGGCCGAUGAGAUCUUAUCAAAGAAAGGUGUUGUAAUUCUUCCCGAUAUAUAUGCAAACUCUGGAGGAGUUACUGUUAGUUACUUUGAGUGGGUACAGAACAUCCAAGGUUUCUUGUGGGAUGAAGAAAAGGUGAACAAUGAGCUGAGGACUUACAUGACCAAAGGCUUCAAAGAUGUGAAGGAGAUGUGCAAAACCCACAACUGUGACCUCCGGAUGGGAGCCUUCACGCUUGGAGUUAACCGCGUUGCAAGGGCAACUGUCCUCCGAGGGUGGGAAGCCUAACCCUGAGCUGAUCGGGACCUGCCACUUUGAAUAAAUAUGAGGAAUCUCAUGAGGCUCCUCCUAUUCAUGUUUACUGAUGUGGUAUUGCUAUUGUUGCAUGGGAAUAACUUGAACAAUAGUUUCCUUAAUAUUUUUGGGUUGCAUCAAUAUGCUUCCGAGUUUUAUGAGUUCCGUAAAUUUCAUUAGUUUCAUUUUAUUUGGUUACAUAAGUUGUAACGACAAGGUCCUAAUCCCUAAGGACCUAAAUGUUGUUGUCCUUCAUAAGGGUAGACACAACAUUGGCUUACAUUGAUCAAUGAUGUAUUGUGUGAUUCUGUCAUUUCAAAACAAGCAGUUGCUUUCUGUUCC